AUGCGAACGGACACCUUCGAUAGAUCCCCGCUAACUGUGCUAAAGGAAUUCAAGGGUCAUACGAGUGCUGUUCUGUGUCUUGCUGCAGCACCCCACGACGAUCGUUUUGCAUCUGGCUCCUGCGAUCACACAGUCCGCAUCUGGGCCAUUGGGACAGGCACAAGCGAUGUGCUCAAAGGUCAUGUCGACGAUGUUGGUGCAUUGGCAUACUCUUCCAACGGAGCCCGCAUCGCUUCCGGCUCUCACGACGGCACGAUAAUAAUGUGGGAUAGUCUCACGGGCGAAAUGAUUGCUGUAUGCCCGCUUGAGGGCCACACAGGCGCCGUCCAAUCUGUUCAGUUCUCCCCAGACGGAUUCUUCGUCGUCUCCGGCUCUAGCGACCAGACUGUUCGAGUCUGGGAUAUCGUGACCCGUAUACAGAAGGACCAACCGUUGCGAGGGCACACCGAUGCUGUUCUAUCUGUCGGAUUCUCGCCGGAUGGACAAUAUAUCGUAUCGGGUUCCAGAGAUUGCACUGUUCGUGUCUGGAGCGUCCAUGCUAUGGCAGAAGCUUACGGGCCACUCAAAGGACAUUCAGCGGAGGUCUACUUUGUCCGAUUUUCCCCAGACGGAAAACACAUCGCAUCUGGUUCAUUCGAUGGCACGAUGAAGCUCUGGGAUGCAAAGACGGGUAAGAUGGCGAGAAAACCGUUUCGCCACCCGAAGCCUGUUUACUCUGUUGCUUUCUCGCCUGAUUCAACUUGCAUUGCCUCUGGCUGUGCCGAUUACAAUAUCCACAUAUGGGAUCUGAAGACCGGCAAAAAAGUGACGGAACCCCUGCGAGGUCACACCAACGAAUUAUGUUCUGUUGCUUACUCUCCGGAUGGAAGGUAUAUUGUGUCUGGUGCGCUGGACCACACCGUUCGUGUUUGGGAUGUGAAGACGAGGAAGGAGGUUUUUGAGCCUUUCCGAGGCCACAAAAAUGAUGUGGACUCGGUGGCCUUUUCUCCAGACGGUCAGCGUAUCGCGUCGGCCUCGGAGAUUGGUGUCAUUCGGCUCUGGGAUGCCCACACUGGACAGCCGAUAGAGUUUUAG